AUGCGCUUUCUUUCUCCCGGCCGGGAGACGCGCGUGGGGGCGGCGGGUCUCGGCUUUGCUUGGGCUGCCACUACAGCUCUACAAGCCUCUGCGAUGCAAAGCAUCGUCGUCGCCGCCCUUUCGGCCGAUCCGGUGGAGCGGCGAAAAGGCGAGGAUGGCCUGCGGGCAUCUGAGCGGCAGCCGGGCCACACGCUGCGGAUGCUCAAGUGCCUGGCUGGGCAGGCGGCCUCGGUCGUGCCACCACCGGCCGCGCUCUUCUGCGCGCAGGCGGUGCAAAAGUCGCUGCGCCGGGCGCCGCUGCCGGAGCUCGACGAGGCGCUUGCGGCGGUGCUGCUCGCUGCGACUCGCGAGGCUGCAGCCCGCGGCUGGCAGGCCGGGCUGAUCCAGCUGUGCCUCGCCUGCGCCGUCACUGCCAUUCGUGCUGGCGAGACCACGCUGCUGGCCGCCUUUGACGGCAACUCCUCGGCCGUCGAGCGACUCGCGGCCCUCCAGCUCCUCGCUCUCGUCGCCGAAGAGCUGCACUCGCCCGCGUCCAAGAUCUCGGUCGCGCCCGCCCGACCGGCGGCCCUGCGGGCGGCGCUGGUCUCGCAGGCGGACGCGACACUGGCGACGCUGCACCGAUGGUUCGAGGAGGCCGCCGCCGCUGCCGCCGCCUCACAAAGGUUGCAGCCGGCGCAGGCGGAGGCGGCGGCACACUCUGCUGCGGCGGUGCUGCGUGCCGUGGGUGCGUGGUGUGCCUGCGGCCUGCUGGGGGCGGAGAGUGCCGCGGCGAGCCCGCUCUUGAGCCGGUGCGCGGCGGGCGCGCUGGCCAACAGCCGCACGGCGGUGGACGCCGCGGAGGCUGCCUGCGCCGCCAUCGAGUUGGCCGAGCCGAGCGGGCUGCCGAUGCUGCGGCUGCUCGCGUGUCUGCUGCCGCACCUGCAGGCGCUCGACGCCGGGUCGCGCGCCGUGGCGGCGGUGGUCGCGCAGGGCUGCGUCGCGCUCGCCGGCGCGGCGAGCGCGGCGCCGCCCGAGGCGGACCCCCUCCUCGAGGCUUGGCUCGACCUGCUCGUCGCCGCGACGGCGCGCCUGCCCCCGGAGGACGCGGGUGUCGCCCUCGAGGCGUGGGUUGCGGUGGGGGACGUGGCGGCGGAAGAGGAGGCGGGAGAGGAGCGGGGCGGCGCGGCGCCGCCCGGCGGGCGCCGAGUCGUGCUCCGCACUAUGCGAGCGGCGCGGCCCCGCCUCCUCUCCGCCCUGCUCGGCUCGUCUCUGCUGCCGCCCGACUUGAUGGCCGUGACCGAGGCGCAGCGCGAGGCGUGGCUCGACUUGCGCGAGGAGCAACGCGCCGUGCUUCGCUCCGCUGUCUUCCCGCCAAGCGCCGCGGGGCGGGCGAGCGGCGCGGCGGACGAGCUCACCGCGCAGCUCUGGGGGUGGGGCUCCGAGGCGCUCGCGCAUGCGCCGUGCGCCGGAGUGGGAGGCUGCGGCGCCGCUGCCCCAGCAGCGGCGCCGCCCGCCGCUGCUGCGCCGCCCCCGUGGCUCGUCGUCGAGGCGACGCUGCAUGCGGCCUCGGGGGCGGUGAGGGCGGCGGGCACUCGCCCCUGCCCCGCGCUCGAGGCGCUCGUCACCGCGCUGCCUCGCGUGGUGCAGUACGCGGCGCUCCUCUGCUCGACGUCGCCCGGCGGCGGCAGCGGCGGCGGCGGCGCCGAGCCGCUCGCCGGGCGGGCGCUGCUCGGCGCGGCCCUCGUGCUGACAGGCGCCCUAUCCGCGUGGCUGGGCGGUGAGAGCAACCGGCGCCUCGUGCCCCCGCUGCUGCCCGCGCUGCUGUGGUCGCUGUCCGUUCCCGAGGAGCACGAGCAGUCAUGGCCGGCGGCGGGGUGGGACGUGCGCUCGAAGCAGGAGCAUGCGGGCGCGGUCGCGCUCUUCAAGCUGGCCAGUUCCUCGCCCGGCGCGCUCCUCUCGCCCGCCCUGUCCUUCCGCCAGCUCGCCGCCGCCCUCCACGCCGCCUGCUCCUCCCCUCCGCACCGCGCAUGCGCCAGCUCGCAGCCCCGCCCGCGGCGCGGUCACUCGAGCGAGUGGCCUCUCGGCGCCGGCUCGGCGCGGCUGCUGCUGCAGGCGGCGGCAGCGGUGGGGGCGGCCGCCGCCGCGACAGGCGAGGUGGCCGUGGACGUGGUCGACGCGCUGCUCUCGCCGGUGCUCGACCGGCUGGCUGCGGCCGCCUCACAGCGCCACGCGGGCGGCGAGGCGGCCUUGGAGGCUCUCGGCUCGCUGCACGCGCUGCUGAUGGCGUGGCCCCCGGCCCUCGCCGAGGAGGGGGCUGCUGCGCUCACCCCGCACGCCGAGUGCAUCGGCGUCUUGCUCUCUGCCGACCCCCGCCUGGCGGAGGCGGCGUGCGACGUUGCUGCGGCGGCACUGAAAGGCUUUGGAGGCCACGCCGCGCCGCUCCUCCUCGCUUGGGCGCCCGGCUUGGCCGCGCGCUUCGACAGCAGUCUGGCGGCGGCCAGGGCGGAGACCGCUCCGGCGGCCGCUUCAGCCACCGCAGCCUCUCGUGGAGUGCUACGGGUGGGUCGGGCGUUGGUGCAGCACGGCGCGGGGCUGCCUGCCGAAGCUCUCGAGGCAGGGCGGGCGCUCUUGCGGCAUUUCGCCGAGCGGCUCAUCUCGGCCGCUUCGCACGCCGCCGAGGCGGAGCAGGCCAUCCUCGCCGAUUGGUUCGAGCUGUGCGGUUCGGGCGGUGCCAUCUUUGCGCGGGUGCUCGUGUCGCUGUCGACGUGGAUGCCAUCGUGGCUCCUCGGCGAUGCGGCCUCCUCGCUGUGGGCCAUGCGCAACGGCCACGGCCCCGCCGAGUUUGGACGCUGGCUGCACGAGGCUUUGGCUCACGCCGACGUGCCGCGGCCGGGACUGUCGGCGGAGGCCAAGAUGGCUUUCGCGAAGCAGCUGCUCGACGCGACCGCUUGGUCAGCCUUCAAGGCGGCCCUCAAGCAGCUCUGUGGCGGUAAGAAGCGGGGCGAGCGGCGAGCCUCGUCGGACUAG